CCCAGCAGCAGCGGCAGCAGCAGCAUUAGGUCGCCGGGUCCCAACCAGAGACUGUACAUGGUCCAAACCCACAGAGGAGCUGCUCAGACACAAUGUCCAACACACAACUCGUCAAAGCUGCGGUGCAGCAGAGACUGGCCGCAGCGGCUGAGGAGAUCUUCAGCCUGUUCGAACAAACUCUCAGAGACUAUGAGCAGGAGCUCUUCCUCUCGAAGCAGCGGAUCGAGCAGCAGCAGCAGCAGCAGCAGACACUGAGCCGGUGCCAAGGCCCGGUGCAGCUCUCUGUGCAGGAUGUGGACAUCCCGUUGCAGCAGUACAUCUGUGAAAAGAAGACUGACGUGGGCGAGGAUGACGAGGAGCCCCUGCAUGUUAAAGAGGAACAGGAGGAUGAACAGUGGGCCACUCAGGCAGAUGAAAAGCAGGAUGAUGCUGACACCAAAGAGACAAUGUUCAAUAUCAUUUAUGUGCAGAGAAGUGAUGAAGACGGAAGACAGUCGCCAUGUCAAAGCCAAGAAGUUGAAAAUAGAGGAGACCCUUUGCCCAGCAGCUCAUCUGAACAGCUGAGAGCAGAACCCGAGAGAGGCCUCUGUGGUGCGUCAGAGCCGACCAGUGACUGCCAGAUGAGCGAAGACAGUGAUGAUGAGUGGAGAGACGGCAGGCCAUCUCUCUCAGGUGUAAAGAAACCACAGCAAGCCGAGGAGCAGAUAGAGAGGCCGUACACCUGCAGCGUGUGCAACAAGAAUUUCAGGAUUAAAUCCAUCCUGACUCGCCACAUGAAGACACACACAGGGGAGAAACCUUACAGCUGCAGUGUCUGCGGCAAAAGCUUCAUCCAGCGCUCCUAUCUGCACACUCACAUGAACUCGCACUCUGGACAGAAACCGCACACGUGUAGUUUCUGCGGCCGAGGAUUCACGCAGGUCGGCAACAUGAACGCUCACAUGCGAAUCCACACGGGGGAGAAGCCUCACAGCUGCUCUGACUGUGGCAAGAGUUUCAGAGAGAAAGCAGAUCUCAUCAAGCACACAAUAAUACACACUGGAGAGAAGCCGUACUGUUGCACUGUAUGUAACAUGAGAUUCAGUGCCCAGUCCAAUCUAACGCGCCACAUGAAGACUCACUCAGGGGAGAAGCCAUACAGCUGUGCUGCCUGUGGGAAACGAUUCAUCCGGCGCUCCCAUUUAAUUAUUCACAUGAAGACUCAUACAGGAGAGAACUCAUAAAACCAUUAAAUCAGCCCCAUGACUAUAUUGAAUCACUCCCAGUGUAGGGCAUGUCACAUUCAGCUCUAAAGACACAGUUACAGUGACAGUGGACGACGACUUAGAGAUAAUCUCGUUUCUACUUAUCAUUCCUCAGUUGUUCAGUAGACUUUCUUUCUUUGGAAGUUUAUUUUUUGCAACUUUUUAAGAUACUGCUGGCCUUUUUUCUGUUUAAAGAGUAAUUAAAGUGAUAAUGCUGUUGUACCUUCAAGAACUUUGAACUUUACAUUGGUCUGUAUUUACCCGCCGCUGCUGGAUCACAAAACCCAAGAAACUGACUGGGGAGGUAAGUAGCUCACAUUCCUCAGCUUUAACAAAGAGUUUGUUCUCCACCUGGCAGCAGAGUGCUGACCUAACAUGGUAUAUAUGUUCCUCCACGUUUUGGGACAAGAUGAAAAUGUCGUCCUAGUAAACAAAGACAUAGCGAUUCAACAUGUCCCGCAGGACGUCAUUCACUAGAGCUUGAAUAAUGCUGUUCCUCAGUGAGACCAAAGGUCAUGAACAAAUAUUUGCCAAAUAUUCAAAACGGCCAAGGUGGCUGUUGAUUUCCAUCCAACACCCUCUGAUUCUGAUGAGGAAGUGAAGUUGAUCAUUUGUUUAUCAAAUUACAAUAUAAACUUGUUUAAUACUGACCGUCAGACCUUGUUUAACAAAACAGAGACAUCGGCUAAGAAACAUUGUGAAC